UCCAACCGUCCACAAAAUUCCCGGUAAAAAAAAAACAAAAAAGAUUCAGCCAGAUUCCAUUCCAGUGGUUCAUCAUCGAAUACCUUCUCUAACCAUAAUAAGUUUAAAUCACUUCCUUCACGUCUUCAACAAUUCACUCACUCAAUCAAAUCUCUGGAACAACUACACAGAAAACCCUAAUCUUGCACUUCUCCCUCCCCAGCCAUUAGAGCUUCGAUUUUUUUUCUUCAGAAAAAAGGGGAAAUUUAGCAGGAAAAAUGAGCAAUUUGAGAACAAUCUGUAGGCCGCAUACUGUGAUCACAUCCUUCAUGUGUUGUAGGCACCAAGCUCGAUCCAGAGUUAGGGUUUCAUUUCGGAACCCUGACUUUAAGCCUCCGUCAUCGUCGCCGUCUCUUUUCUCCCCUUGGCUCCUUGGAAAUGAGCCCUGGUUUCGUGUUAACCAGAGGAGAACUGCUGUUAGGGCUUCCAGUUGGACCGAUCAGAAAUCUCCAUAUGAAACUCUUGAGUUGGAAAGGGGUGCGGAUGAAGAGCAAAUUAAGGUUGCUUACAGACGCUUGGCCAAAUUUUAUCAUCCAGAUGUCUAUGAUGGUAGAGGGACUCUUGAGGAAGGAGAAACAGCUGAAGCUAGAUUCAUCAAGAUUCAGGCUGCAUAUGAGCUGCUCAUGGAUGACGAGAAACGGAGGCCAUAUGAUAUGGAUCACAGGGUCAAUCCAAUGAAGGCAUCACAAGCAUGGAUGGAGUGGCUUAUGAAAAAGAGAAAAGCUUUUGAUCAACGGGGCGAUAUGGCCAUUGCAGCGUGGGCUGAGCAACAGCAACGUGAGAUGAAUCUUCGUGCACGCCGUCUUUCUCGUUCAAAGGUCGACCCAGAAGAAGAGAGGAGAAUCUUAGCAAGAGAGAAAAAAGCGUCUGCAGAGUAUUUUACCAAUACUAUGAGGCGGCAUACACUUGUGUUAAAAAAGAGGGACUUGAUGCGUAAGAAAGCAGAGGAAGAGAAGAAAAAGGUUAUCAAUCAGCUUUUGGCUGCAGAAGGCCUUGAGCUGGACACAGAUGACGAUGGCGAUGAUGCUCUAUAGAGAAUGAUGCAGAUAUUGGCUACACUGCACAUCUCUUAUUAUAUGUUUGAAGCAAACCAAUACAUACCUCUAUUUGUAGAAAAGCUAAUUGUACAUAUGAUUUAAUUUUCGAAUACGAAACGAAUGAUUAUGCAGCCUUGUUCGCAAGCACUCAAAGCUUGAUGCUUUUAUUCUUAUUUGAUUAAUGAAAUUAAUGUGGUGAAAUUAAUUGAUAAUUA